AUGGCUUAUUACAAUAGUAGUAGUGGUAGUAGUAGCCUCGCUUCCCUAGGUUGGGAUCUUCAAAACCUUGGAGUUCUCAACGCAGACAUGUCUUUAGCCAUGGAUAGAAGAACUUCACCAUUUUUCUCCUCUGUUGAGUCUGAUUUCUCGACCGGGUACUUAGAAGAUGCUUUGCUUGAAUUUAAUGAGCGAUCCAAACGAAGACGCCUGCGGUUGUUCGGUGCUGAUCAUGGUCAUGAUCAAUCAGAAAAACCAUACGAGCUUCCAAAGAGCAACUGGAAUGAAGAAAACUUUGACGACUGGGAAAAAAUGUCAGAGAAUUUUAGUUGCAUGAGCCACAUAACUAGUUUUCGUGGGCCUUCAGAUGAUCCCAUGAACACGUCAAUGAGCAAUAUUAGCGAGGAAGCAAAUGUUAUCUCAGAGUCAGAGAUAAAAACACCAGAAGAGGAAAUAUCGGCCCCUGAAACUCUUGAUUACUCAUCAUCUUCUUCUUACAAAGAUUUGGCUGGCACAAACUCCAUUUUUGAAAAAGAGAACAUCCCUCAUUCUGCCGUGUUUUGUGGUUUAGAUGAUCACGAGGAUAAGAGAAAGAAGAGGGUGGCAACAAGGGUGGUGUAUCCAUUUGCACUAGUGAAGCCAGGAGGGGUAGAAGGGGACAUGACCAUAAACGAUAUCAACGAGAGGAUCUUAAUGCCACCGACAAAGCCGGUAAGACAUCCGGUAGGGGAUUUCGCGUGUAGGCCAUGUGUAUCUGCUGAUGGCCCAGGUCUUUCUGGGAAAGCUGUAGUGGCCCUUACAAGAAUCCACACGCAAGGGAGAGGCACAAUCACUAUUAUUAGAACCAAAGGUUAA